UCAUCAGACGACCAACAUCAAUCAAAGCUACUACAACAGUUCUAUAGUUCUCCUGGAAUAUUUUGACCAAAUUCACAACAUGAACUUCUACAAGGUCUUCAUCUUCGUUGCCCUCGUUCUGGCCAUCAGCAUGGGACAAUCUGAGGCCGGUUGGUUGAAGAAAAUUGGCAAGAAAAUUGAACGCAUUGGUCAGCACACUCGGGAUGCCACAAUUCAAGGAUUGGGAAUUGCUCAGCAAGCAGCUAAUGUGGCAGCCACAGCCAGGGGUUAAAUAUAAACCAGACAACUCAUAAUUAAACAUUUUAUUUAUUGCACCACAAAAAUACAUAUUAAUAUAGUAAAAUAAAAUCGAUCAUUUAAAAGAAAUCAAUGUACAUAUGUAUAUAGAAUUAAAAACAAAACCCAUUAA